AUGGGCUCGAUGACAAGGAGCGUUGCUGGCUCCACCAAGCUUGCUCGUCGAUCACUCGGUAGGGUGCAAACUCCUUCCUUGCAAAGUGAACGAACUGACGAUGUUGUCCGUCGCUCGUCACCGUUCACCUCCCGAAGACGACAACGUCAACAACUGGACGAACGUAGUCCACGUGAAGCGAAACCAAGACAACGGGUUCCAAGUGGAAAGUCUUCGGCGUUUUCCAGCCCUUACACUGUCCAACGUAGUCAGCCACUGAGCAUUACGUUGCGCGCCAUAGGUGUUGGUCUGACUUUAUCCGCUGCCAUUCGGACCACUGGAGCCACUGUUGGAGUCGCAACGAAGUUCCCUGGCAAACCCAGUCGAUCCGGAAGUCUGCUCACUACCACUGUUCCUUCUAUGUAUGAUAAACCGUUGUUGGAACACAGGGUGAGUUGUGUGAAGAGGCGUUUGCUUUCUCUCCUUCAAGCCCCAUUGGCCAUCCCAUCUUAA